UGGUUAUGUGACAGGCUGUGAAGAAUAAUCCUGCGUUGUGGUAAAAUGCGCUGUGCAAGGAGUGUAUUGCUUGCCGGCGUUUUGCAUGCCAAGGCCCAUCAGUCUCGGUGACAUCGAACACGUGGAACAGAGGGCAGAUUAAUUGUAACGAAAGUUGUUUAUGUGCCAUGUCAGCAGUUGGUUCCUAGAACGGUUCUAUGUCAGCGCAUAAUAGCAGCGGUAGUGUGGAUUGCGGUUGCGACACAUUAUUAAUCUUCAUAAAUCCAGAACAAAUAACUCUGUGACAAUGACUAUGCACAUGGAAAAAAAUUUAACACGGAUUACCGCAGACACUGUCUACAUGUUGUCUCCAUUGGAGUUCAUUGUCUAACAAAGUGCUCAAAAAAUUUACACAGGAAUGAAGAACCACGUUUGGAAACUUAACGUACAAGUACAACAUGUUACCUGUAACACACAAGGAUGCUUCCAGAUCUCUGGGAUCCCGACUGAAAGAGAAGGUCAGCGGAUGGGCAAGGCUGAUAUUUUCAGACCGUAACUCAAGAAAUCUUUUUCUCUUUUUGUUGCUAAAUCUUUCAUUUGCAUUCGUGGAAUUAGCUUACGGAAUAUGGACCAACAGUUUAGGUCUCAUAUCGGAUUCGUUUCACAUGUUUUUUGACUGCACAGGCCUUCUAGCAGGUCUUGCUGCUUCAGUAAUUACGAGGUGGCGAGCAAAUGAUAAAUUUUCCUAUGGUUAUGUAAGAGCAGAAGUUUUGGCUGGCUUUGUGAAUGGCUUGUUUUUGCUCUUCAUUGCAUUCUUUAUUAUGUCAGAAGCUGUUGAGAGAGCAAUUGAACCGCCAGAAGUGAAGCAUGAAAGGCUAUUUGUAGUAUCUGUUCUGGGACUUGUUGUCAAUCUUGUUGGGAUUUAUGCAUUCCAACAUGGUCAUGGGCAUUCUCAUGGAGGCAGUAGUGGCCAUGGACAUUCCCAUGGCAAUCAUGGCCAUACACAUUCUCAUUCUCAUGGAAGUCAUUCACAUAGUCAUGACCCUGAGUUGAGUGGCAGCAAUUCUCAAAUAAUGAAAGGAGUAUUUUUGCAUAUUUUAGCUGAUACUUUAGGGAGUGUUGGAGUAAUUAUAUCGGCCAUCCUGAUGCAGAUGUUUGGAUGGAUGAUAGCUGAUCCUAUAUGUUCGAUGUUCAUAGCCAUUCUAAUUGCAUUAAGUGUUUUGGCACUGAUAAAGGAUAAUGUGUUAAUAUUAAUGCAGAGACAGCCAGUAGCUUUGGAUCAUGUACUUCCUCAGUGUUAUCAGAAAGUCAGUCAAUUGGCUGGAGUUUACAGUGUGCAAGAACCACAUUUUUGGACGUUGUGCAGUGAUGUUUAUGUAGGUGCUUUGAAACUGGAAGUUUCUAAGGCAGCAGAUCCAAAAUAUAUUGUGAGCCACACACACAUGAUAUUUGCAUCUGUUGGUGUCAGGCAGUUGUAUGUACAAUUGGACUAUGCUUCUAUGUGAUUCAGACAAUAUAAGAAUUGUGUAGGUACCAUGUGGUUGUUUCGUUAAUGGUUGUACUGUUGGUUAUGUUCCAGUUGGAAGGCAGUUGAAGAGCCUUGCAAUUGAUACAAAUUUUAUUUGUUGACAGUAUUAUUGUUGUGUAGGUAUAUUUUAUUCUUUAAAAAUGAUCCCAUAAUUUAAUGCCUACACUUGCAUUUAAAAUCACUGAUUACCUGUUUGUAUAAACAGAAUGUUUUGUUCUGAUAAUAUUAGUAGAGAUACUCAGUGAAAUUUUUAUAAUGAGAGAAUGAAGAAGGCUGAUGAAAAUAGUGCCUCUUGUUGACUAAAUUGAUAGCUGUAGCAUUCAACAUAGAGGUUGCACAAAUACUGUGCUAUCUGUGAACUGUGAUUGAAUCGUCUGUAUUCCACCUGGAGAUACUAUAACUUACACUUAAAAAUUUAUGAUAUUAGAUGAUGUAUUUUGCUGUUAAUUGUUAAGCUCUUGAACAAGAUGAGCUUUAAUAAGUUUCUCCUGUCAGUUUGUGCAUUCCAAGUGGAAAAUUGCAGCUGUGUUGCGAGUAAAAAGCUGUGAAAUAAACUGUGUUGUUUGUGAAUUUAUAUUGUCACCUUUGUUGUUCAGUAACAUUGUCUUCCUCUCUCUUUCAAAUAAUUGUGCUGAAACUUUUAAUUUCUGGUACUUGUUAAGUCUCUCUCUCUCUCUCUCUCUCUCUCUCUGUCUCUCUCUCUCUGUCUCUCUCAUUUGAUAUAUUUUCUUGUAAUCUCAGUUGUGACUGGUUCACUGUAAGAUAAAAAAAAAGCCUAUCUGGUAGUGAAAUAGAUUUUUCUGGUGUAACUUAAUCAUGUCAUUGUUAAAUGGGUUGACUUAAAUGAGCAUGUUAAAGCAUUGCACACACAAUACAAAUGUGUGACUGUUAAUAAAAAGGCAAUAUAAUGUAAAGGAUAGUUACUACUCACACUAUAGCGGAGAUGCAGAGUCUCAGAAAGGCACAACAAAAAAACUGUCGGAAAUUUAGCUUUCAGGCAACAAGGCCUUUGUCGAAAGUAGACAGCUUAUACACACUUAUACACACAGUCACACGAAUGCAACUCAUGCCCACAUGACCACAGUCUCUGGCAGUUAGACCCAGACUGCGAGCGGUGGGGCUUUGUGGGAGAGGCAACUGGGUGGGGUAAGGAGGAGGCUUGAGAGGAGAGGGGUAGGGAUAGCAGGGUAGGGCGUGCUUUUGACAAGGAAAUUGUUGGCUGAAACAUACCUUUCCGCCAGUCUUUUUGUUGUGCCUUUCUACAUUUCAGCAUUUCCACCAUAUGGCGAGUAGCAACUAUCCUUUUCAUUAUAUUGUUACAUUCCAUUCUAGA